UUUUUCCAGGGAUUAUUUUAAUCAAAGAGCUUUUUGAGAACCUGUGGGUUUGGGGAAUGGAGUUUAAUCUGCUGGCGGAUACUGAGGCUCGCAGUCCCACCCUGUCACUGUCCGACUCCGGCACUCCGCAACACGAUGCGCCAUGCAAGGGCCACGACAACAGCGACACAGAGAAGUCAUUUCACAACCAGACAGAUGAAUCAAACCCAGAGGAUGGCUCUUUAAAGAAAAAGCAACGCAGACAGAGGACACAUUUUACCAGCCAGCAGCUACAAGAACUGGAGGCCACCUUUCAGAGGAACCGCUACCCAGACAUGAGUACACGAGAGGAGAUAGCUGUUUGGACAAAUCUUACAGAAGCACGAGUACGGGUGUGGUUCAAAAACCGCCGUGCCAAAUGGAGAAAGAGAGAGAGAAACCAGCAGGCUGAGCUGUGUAAGAAUGGCUUCAGUGCCCAGUUUAAUGGACUUAUGCAGCCAUACGACGACAUGUACUCUGGUUACUCCUACAACAACUGGGCCACCAAAAGCUUGGCUAGCAGCCCUCUAUCGGCCAAAAGCUUUCCCUUCUUUAACUCCAUGAACGUUAGCCCUCUGUCUUCGCAGCCCAUGUUCUCCCCCUCCAGCUCCAUCCCCUCCAUGAACAUGGCCUCCUCCAUGGUGCCCUCAGCAGUGACAGGAGUGCCUGGUUCAGGCCUGAAUAACCUGGGCAACUUGAACAACCUGAACAGCUCUACGCUAAACUCAGUGGCAGUGUCAGCAGCCACAUGCCCCUACGCCACCACAGGCAGCCCUUACAUGUACAGAGACACUUGUAACUCCAGUCUGGCUAGUCUCCGACUCAAAGCUAAACAGCACACCAACUUCGCAUAUCCGGCAGUGCAAAACCCUGUAUCCAACUUAAGCCCUUGCCAGUAUGCAGUGGACCGGCCUGUAUGAAGCUCAUAAGAAAAUAACCUAGUUUGAUUGUAAGCCCACUUUUGAUCUGACCCACAGUUCUUUUGAUUCUGAUGCACUGUCCAGCAACAGGAACUGGUUAAGAACAUGUAACAAGACUUAAAGAAGUCCAUCAGAUGAGACUGUAAGGCUGAACUGACCAACUGAAUCUCUACAAUUUUGACCACAGCUAAAUAGAAUAAAUUUAAAAAAAGUAUUAGCACAUUUACUGCAUUGAUCAGGAGGGAAAACAUACAAUGUGUCACAAUACAAACAAUAACAUGUAUAUAAUGGACCUUCUGUUUUUAUAUGUGACAAAAUAUCUAUUAAAUGUAGUACUUUAAAGAUGAGAUGAGCAUGUUCCUCAAAGGCAGAACCUGAAAUUUUAUUCUUUGUUGUGAAUUCCAUUCAACUAGGGUAAGGUCGAGGGUCAAAGGUUGCUGUCAGAUGCUAAAUGAAAACUAGCAAUGAGUAAUUUGAGAGGAAGACAAAUAAGUACAAGAGUAAAUCAUGUUCCAACUCUGUUAGAGCAAAGAAAAAUUCAAACAUUUUUUUAAAAAAAUGAGU